CAAAAAAUUGUUGGCCUACAAGGGCGCAGGGUGCUGGAGGUAACCGAGUGAGAGCGGACAGAGUACUGGGGGAAACGAGUCACGGAGGUACCGUGAGCAACGUCAACAACAGAAUCAACAGCAGCAAAAUGCCGAAUAAAACGAAAAAGGAAAAGGAGUCAACAAAAUCUGCCAAAAGCGGGACUAAAAACAGCAGCAGUAGCGGUGGGAAGGACGCAGGAGCUGAAAACUCGGAAGAGACGCAGCAACAGCAGACUGCAAGUAAACGGCCCAGCAAUAGCACCCCGCCACCUACUCAGCUGAAUAAAAUCAAAUACUCUGGGGGACCACAGAUUGUGAAAAAAGAAAGACGCCAGAGUUCAUCACGUUUUAACCUCAGUAAAAAUCGGGAACUACAAAAACUGCCAGCUCUGAAAGAUGCACCUUCUCAGGACAGGGAAGAACUUUUUAUCCAAAAGUUACGGCAGUGCUGUGUGCUUUUUGAUUUUGUUACGGACCCCCUCAGUGACUUGAAAUACAAGGAAGUUAAGCGAGCUGGUCUCAAUGAAAUGGUGGAGUACAUUACACAUAACAGGGAUGUUAUCACCGAGUCCAUUUAUCCUGAAGCUGUCAUCAUGUUUUCAGUAAAUCUAUUUAGAACACUGCCUCCUUCUUCAAAUCCAACGGGAGCAGAGUUUGAUCCUGAGGAGGAUGAGCCAACACUAGAAGCAGCAUGGCCUCAUCUGCAGCUUGUAUAUGAGUUUUUUCUGAGAUUCUUGGAAUCUCCAGAUUUUCAGCCAAAUGUAGCAAAGAAGUACAUUGACCAGAAAUUUGUGUUAUCUCUUCUGGAAUUAUUUGACAGCGAAGAUCCCAGGGAAAGAGAUUUUCUAAAAACUAUUCUACACAGGAUCUAUGGCAAAUUCCUAGGUCUUAGAGCAUAUAUUCGAAGACAGAUUAAUAAUAUAUUUUACAGGUUUAUAUAUGAAACGGAACACCAUAAUGGAAUUGCAGAACUAUUAGAAAUAUUAGGAAGCAUAAUAAAUGGUUUUGCUUUACCACUGAAGGAGGAGCACAAAAUGUUUCUGAUUAGAGUACUAUUACCAUUACAUAAAGUGAAAUCACUUAGCGUGUAUCAUCCGCAGCUCGCUUAUUGUGUUGUGCAGUUUUUAGAAAAGGAUAGCAGUCUGACAGAACCAGUGAUUAUGGGUUUACUGAAGUUCUGGCCAAAGACUCACAGUCCAAAAGAAGUUAUGUUCUUGAAUGAACUGGAAGAAAUACUUGAUGUGAUUGAGCCAUCAGAGUUUGUAAAGGUCAUGGAGCCACUCUUUAGACAGCUAGCCAAAUGUGUGUCCAGUCCUCAUUUCCAGGUGGCAGAAAGAGCACUGUACUACUGGAACAAUGAAUAUAUAAUGAGUUUGAUCAGUGAUAAUGCUGCAAAAAUUCUCCCAAUCAUGUUUCCUGCACUAUACAAGAACUCCAAAAGCCACUGGAACAAGACAAUCCAUGGACUGAUCUAUAAUGCCCUUAAGCUUUUUAUGGAGAUGAACCAGAAGUUGUUUGAUGAUUGCACACAGCAAUAUAAAGCUGAAAAGCAAAAGGAAAAAUAUAAGUUGAAGGAACGGGAAGAAAUAUGGCAUAAAAUAGAAGAGUUAGCCCAGCAAAAUCCACAGUUUUCAAUGUACCAUGAGACUCCUUCUUUAAUGCCUUUAUACUGUAUGGAAACAGAGACUCCUACUGCUGAAGAUAUUCAGCUUCUGAAGAAAACUGUUGAAUCAGAAGCUUCUCAGGUCAUUAAAGACAUAAAGAAGGACAAAGUGUUGAUGCGCCGGAAGUCCGAGCUGCCCCAGGAUGUGUACACCAUAAAAGCACUGGAGGCUCAUAAGCGUGCAGAGGAAUACCUGACUGCCAACCAGGAAGCCCUCUGACAUGGGACCAGCUGGCCCUUCUCCCUUCCUAGACCACAUGCUUUCCGCUCUUGCCUAGAAGUUAAAAACAUCAAACAACACACACGCAAGACAAAUGCACGCACAGACACAAGUUGUAAGGAAAGAAAAAACCGAGGAAUCAUCCAGCAGUGUUGUAUUUUUAAUAUAGGUAUACAGACCUGUUCUCCUGUGUCUCUGUUAUGUUUUCCUCUAGUUUCUUUUUUGCUUUUGUUUCUGUCCCUGACCGCAAUUUGGUGUGAUAUUCAGAGAAUAAUGCAGGGCAGCUGCAAAAGAACUAUGCGGUGUGCAUCAGCUGCUUAGCACAAAAAUAAAAAAUAAA